AUGGAUUCAAGUAUUAUCAUAUUAUUGAUAUUCUAUGUCUAUUGGUGUUUCGUCAGUGUUACAUUUGCUAAUCCCGAAGCAAAACGUUUAUAUGAAGAGUUAAUUAAGGUACGUGCUUAUAAUAAAUUGAUUCGUCCAGUGAAAAAUAAUAGUGAAAAACUAACUGUUUAUUUGGGCCUUCGAUUAACACAAUUACUCGAUGUGGACGAAAAAAAUCAAAUUAUGACAUCCAAUGUUUGGCUUAAACAGGAGUGGUACGACGAUAAACUUCGAUGGGAUCCAGCCAAAUAUGGAGGCGUCGAUAUACUGUACAUUCCGAGUCAACAAAUCUGGCUUCCUGACAUUGUUCUGUAUAACAAGUAAUCAUCUCUAUGUUGUGAUUGGAUGUUGUUACUCUCAUUGUUGUUGCACUAUAUUCUUUUUGUUCAUUUUUCAAAACACCACCAUCACUUCAU